UGCUGAUGGCGCUACUGGUGGAAGGGAUGACGGUUGCAACAGCUGCCCAUUGGGGUGUAGUGAAGCGUUCCGAGAUUACGCACGGUGGGAUAACGACAGUGAGGGUUCAGGAGGAAGGCAGAAAGAAGACUGGCAAACGAAGCCAGGGGCGCGCAGUGAAAUGGGCAGGUUGGAAAUGAAUACGCCUCUAAAUGCACCAUCAAGUCGGUGUUAAAAAAAAGGAAGCUAGAGGCCUUAUCGAUUAGUCGUGGUGACGUCGGGGUGCCAAGAAAUCAGUGAAGGUUCAACCUUCAUGUUCCUAAAUGACAUGAUCCUUCUUAGCGUGCUCCAAGGAAUUCAGGGUAGUAAGCAGUUCGGUGUGAGGUUGUCAGAGAAAUGCCGAGUUCGCCGAGUCGAGGUCGACAUCCGAGGGUUGGGUUACCUGCCAUACCUUGACGUCACCACAACUCAAUUGACAUUACACAACCUCCGUCGAAUCAUCCCUCUUGUAUUCGGAUGGAUCAAAUCAAAGUUUGUUGUCCCUUACGUAUUGGAGGUCGAUAUCCCCAAACGCAGUUCAAGUCCCCAACUUAUCACAACCCUGGCACAAUGCACUAGACUAUGUCAACUAAUCGGCUUCGUCUUUUCAUUGCACCAGCAUUCGUCGUCCAUCCAAACCUCGGCGUCAUCACCUAUGAUGAUAUGCAGAAAAAUGGGCCAGUACUUUGGCGAUGAGCAAGCAAUGGCAGGCAAAAUGGUUUAGCUGAACAAAUGAACACCCGAUAUAAAAAAUGAGUUGUCAGUGUUCUCGAGUUGAACGCCCCCUUUCGUGCAUGCAGCAU